UCAUGUCGUGGACUUAACAUCUCUGAAGUGUCCAGAAAAGGGGCGCUUCAUUUUCAUAAUCCCCUCGAUGGAUCGCUCUCUACUAAAUUCCGUUUCAGAACGCAGGUUUUCUGUGGAGCUGAGCUUAAAGGUUGAUCUGGAUGUUACAUUUUAACCCUGCAUGUGUUGCUCUCAUGAUUGCAUUGCUCUGGCUCAUGCCUCUUCCAGCCUCUCCAGCCCCUGUGGAUCAAUGCAGUCGUGUGAAGGCUCAGAGAUGAGGGUCAGGACCUCUGUGUUAGGGACCUUCUCUACAUAGACCCGUUUGUAAACUGUGAUGAACGUGGCAGAGUACCGCUCCAGGAGAGGGCUACCUACCAGGCAUCGCUAAUUUUAUCUGCUAAAACGCACUCUGGCGGAUGAAGAAAGGAUCCCAAUACAGUAUCAGUGAGAGGGUCCCGUCUGGGUUCGGUGGAACUUAAAUCCGCUGUUAGAAUGUCUGCUGUGACACGUCUAUGUAGAGCAGAGGUGGGCGAUUAAAGUUCCUAGGGGCACAUUAGAAACUGUAACUGUUGUGAGGGACCAUCAUCAAAAGAAAGACAGCGAUAACUACAAAACAUGACCAAAAUAUAUAUUAAAUAACAAGGUCAAAAUGAACCCAAUUAAAUGAACAAUGAUUAAAUGUAAGUUUGGAUAUUAAGAAGUGUAAAUAUGCCACAAAACCUGUUGAAAUAUUUCAUUUUAUAUGCAUUUAAUUUGAAUAUAAAUCACCAUAACUAUGGACCAGACAUUCACGAUGAAAAGGAAUUUAUUUAAAAAUAUUUUUUCAACAUUCCUUCAAUGUAUUUUGAGGAACAAGAUAAACACAAAAAGACGAAAAUUAUAGUCUUCAAACAAGAACAUGCUAUAUUUACUGCUGAAGUGGUAGUGGUGAAUAAAAGAGAAAAAAAGCAGGACACUGACAACAUAUCAGUUAUAGUUUUAGUCUGACGUCAAAAGGACCAUGAAAAUACAGGCAUCGGGCUGCAUAUGGCCCCCGGGCCGCACUUUGCCUAGGUCUGAUGUAGAUGAUGCCACAGGCCAGUUCCCUUUAUGGUUGUCAUCAUACACAAUAGGAAAUUCAAUGUUGAUAACCAGGAAUAUAUUUGAUAUUUGAUAACAUAUCUGGUACUGUAGGAAUAAAAAAACCUUUUUAUUAAGAUGAAAAGCAGAACCAUGGACAAAUAUAUCAGUUAAACAGCAUAGUUAAUCACAAAAUGGAGAGAAUCUUGUUUUCACUUACUAUUAAAGGCUAAAUAAAUAAAGUAUCUGUUCAUUUUCCAAGCAUCAGCAGACUCUGCAUCUACCGUGCAAUAUCUACCCCACCUUACCUGUGCUAUACUAUCGUACUUACUGUGCCAGAAGGUUCUUCUACUUUGUUUAUUUUAUUCUUUUGUAUCAUUUUGAGGCCUAUAGCACCUUUAUCUAUCCUGCACUAGCAUUGCAUGUUACUAGUACUUAUCUGCAAGUGUAAGGUUUCUCUCAUCCCAAGCUUGUCAUUGCAUCGCAGACCCUGUGUUGAAAAUGCAUAUGACAAAUAAAUGCAUCUUGAAUCGUCAGUAGAAGAAAACAUGCUAGCCACAGCUAAUAACAAAACCUGGGCCACUGGCCGGACUAGUAUCAAUAACCGGUUUACUGACGCACACAGGCCUGACCACACUGUUUGAGUCAAUGUGGAUAAGACGUCAGUUCUCUUCCAGCAUGCUGACAGAAGUCAGCAGAGGAGACUCAGAUAUGGUGUCGCGAUGUCAGCUGUCUGAUGUUAGUAAACAAAGUGUUCUAAAACACGAGAUAAGGUAGUCGACACACCGGCUCUAUCAGCUCACUCUGCAAACAAACCCGACCUAGAAUAUUCAUCCACAGCAGGAGCAGCGCUCGGCUGUUGCAGUGCAGCUUGUGGUGAUGGAGCACCAUCUCAGUGUGUGGAGGAAAAGCGCUUUUUACUGUUGGAUGAAAUGUGGAGGUUGCUCAGGCCAAAUCUCAGCCCUGCUGAACACUGCACUGCUCAUGACAGCUGUGGGGAAGUGGCAGGGCAGGAAACCCACACCGUUUCCUAUCUGUGUUUUUGUUGUCACUGAGCUUCAUCACCUCCUUCUUCCCCCCGCCUCCUCACCCCUCAGUGUCAGGGUCCCGCUGCCUCCAAACUUUGUUGUGCAUUCUGCAUAAAUAUUUGUUUGUUGAAUGGUGGCAUUGUGCUGCCCGAGUGUUUGACCCUCAGUGCCAUUGUUUUCCGUUCUGGUGAGGCAGCGUGACGACACCCACCCUCCGCUUUUGGCUCCGCCCAUCCUGCUUUUAACAGCCUCCCUGCCUCCCCAUGUAUCAUUCUGUCCUACUUCUCCUCUGUCUCUGCACCGUCACUGCCUCUCCUCACUAUACGUUCUCCCCUCCAGCCAUCUCUCUUUGUCCCCCUGACCUUCUUUCCUCUCCUGCCAGCGCUUCCUCUCACUCCCUCCAUCUCUCUCUCUCUCUCAUGAGGACCCUGCACCGGCUCAAGUUGAUGAGCUCCCCCAGUCUCAGCGAGCUGGGCAAGAGUGAGAAAAGUUCUCCGGAAGACCGGGGCGAGAAGCAGAAGCGGGCGGGGGCCAACGCCACCUGGAACAGCAUCCACAACGCCGUCAUCGCGGUCUUCCAGAAGAAAGGCCUGGCAGACAACGAACUGUACACACUCAACGAAGGGGUCCGACACCUGCUGAAGACUGAGCUGGGAUCGUUCUUCACAGAAUAUCUUCAGAACCAGCUGCUGACGAAGGGCAUGGUCAUCCUGCGGGACAAAAUAAGGUUCUAUGAAGGUCAGAAGUUGCUGGACUCUCUGGCGGAGACGUGGGACUUCUUCUUCUGCGACGUGUUGUCCAUGCUUCAGGCCAUCUUCCACCCAGUCCAGGGUAAAGAACCCUCGGUGCGACAGCUGGCUCUGCUUCACUUCAGAAACACCAUCGUGCUCAGUGUCAAGCUGGAGGAUGCCUUGUCCCGGCCUCGCGCUCGCGUGCCCCCCUCUGUCACCCAGAUGCUGCUGAUCCUACAGGGUGUGCACGAGAGCCGCGGCGUGAACGAGGAGUACCUGAGGCUGGAGUCGCUGGUCCAGAAGGUGGUCUCGCCAUACCUGGGCACACAGGGGCUCUGCUCUGGCGAGGACUCGGAGGAGCGCUGCUGCGUCCUCGACUUCUCAGACAAGCGCCUGCAGUGGGGCUGGUCCAAAUCUGCCGACCAGCUCUCCAAGAACCCAGUGGUACGAUCCAAGAGCUACAACAUCCCGCUGCUGCUGACCCCGGUGGCCGAGUACGACCCUGAUGCCAGCUCUGUGGGCAGCGGAGGAAUUAGGCGCCACUCAGCCUGCGAGAUUAGCUCUUGCUUGGAGGAACAAGGCCUGGCUUAUGCUGAGCGAGCCUCCGGUCCUGAUGCUUCAUCGUCCAACCGGCUGUGUGUGGGCUCUCACUUCAAGGGUCUGGCACCGGCCGGAGGAAGCGCCAUCGACCUGCCGCUGUCGUCCCCGUCCCUGCUUCCCCUGCACUCUGCGGGCCUGCUCCACGGCACGGAGGCCACCACUACCGUGACCGAUCUCAGCAAGGCCGCCUCCUCCUCGCCCCCCAGCGAGUCGUCCAGCCCAGAAACCAUCAUCGGACAAGUGCUCGAGUCGGCGGACUCCGACUCGGAUGGGAUCUUUAUCGAUUUCCCGCCUCACUCCUCCGAGGCGAUGGGGUACGGUCGCGAGAGCCGGCAGAGUACUGUGUAGUGGUGUGUUUAAAUGGUUAUCUGGGGAAAGUCAGUUUAAGGUACCGUCCUCUUUUCUCCGCCGCGCUCACGCUGCUGUCACUGAAACCUUGUGAUUUAGUUGCUUGAUGAAUUGUAGCAGUGACGGUGGGGUGGUGGACACAAGGUCGUCUUUAUUCUCUCGAUUUUGUUUCCGUCUCUGAAACUGGAUGCUGACUAUGACUCGUGCAUGCAGCUUCUCUCAGCUCAGUGUUGGUCUCUUGAUAAGUUUAAGGCAAAGGCAGGACUGUUGAGGACUCGGUGGGAGGACCUUGUUUUGGGCGUCGUUUGGUAGGAACCUUGACUGUUGACCUCCACUGAGGUGGGCUCCAGUCCCAGUCACACGACGGAGGACAAUCCUUGACUGUGUGUCUCCCAUUGAUGCAACAAACCCAACGUGCAGAAGCAACAUUUUGUUUCGUGUCAUUGUUCAUUGACAUUUGAGUUUCAUAUUUUUGUUUCGGCUCACAUCCACGCAACAGAAAAUCUAUUUUAUUUUAUCACCUCAAAUAGCUGGGGCCUGAGUUUAAUAAAAUAAAUGUGUUCAACGUCGAAACAUUUCAGUUUAUUUCAGUUAUUUAUUCACAACAAGUACGUUUUUUUUAAAACGUAAUUUUGGCAUGCUAUCGAGACAUGUCUAUUUCAAGUGGAUGCCUAAGACAAUAUUGAUCCGAAUGAGCUUUCAUCCAUAUCAUGAUUUUAAAUACUUUGUCUUCCACCGACAACUUCAAUUUCACUCACCCAGCAUUAUUACGAACCGUCCAGUGUUUCCCGUCUCAUCUGAAACAUCAUGAUGAUAAAAAUGACUAGGUUUUAUUCCAGGAUCAUCUUUUUUUAAUGGAAUGUUUUUUUGAUUUUUUUUCCUCUUUUUAGUAUGUGAUCAUGUUUGCUUUCUUCUAACUGAGGACUGUUAAGCUUCAGCAGAGUUCGAACGCAAAAGUGGCUUCUGGACCAAACAUCAGUGCGACGGCUCUGAGAGAGGAGCUGGAUUCUUCUGUUCGUUGUUUACAUUUGACGGGGACAUGAUUUUCGACUGAAUGUUGGUCUUACACUGUAAUUUGCACCACCACUACUUUGUACAUAGGAACUGCAUAGCUAGGCUUUAGGACAGCUGGACAAUGUCAAAGUGAGCUUUUAUCUGGUGAUUUCUUAUAAGGGCUUUUUCCACUCUGAACUUUUUCAACAAUGUUUUACCUCAAGUGUUUUGUAUUUCAAUUUUUUCGACAAUCUACGAUGUCUAUUGAAUUGUACUUUGUAUUAAUUUGUUAUACUAGCCGGGUGAAA